CCGAGGAAGUUGCAACGGCAGGCGUCAGCGCAGGUAAUAACCAAGUGCAAUUUUUGCCUGUAAUGAUCAAGCUGUUGUGACCACGCAUCGCAAAAGACUCGACUCGCAAAGCGUCUCACAACACAGCCACAAAUAAACAUCAAACAUCCAAGCUUAUUGUUUUUAAAGAUUCUCAUUCAUACCAGUUGCUAGGAUCAUGUCUCUUGCCGAACGACUUGGAGAUGCGGCUCGCCUGAACAAUCGCGGUGCGGCGCUGUAUGCCAAGGGCGAGUGGAAAGAGUCUCUCCUCUUGUUUCGGCAGUCCCUGGAAGGCAUGAUUGCUCAACUCCGUGAAGUCGCACCAGGAAAUGCCGUUGCGGAUGACUACUCUGCUUUGUAUCUCUUGAAGAAGAACUUUGAUGUGUUGCCUUGUACCGGUACUGCUGAAUCACCCAAUAAGGACGCAGAAUCGCCCAUGGUGUUUCUCAAUCCCAUUGUCUUUUCCAGUGUUCCGACGCAAGAUCAAGAGACGAGUCUCACGGUGAUUUGCGGCAUGAUUGUCUUCAACAUGUCCAUUGCCAGCCACGCCAAGGCCAUGCAAGGAGACACGGCCUGUUUGGCCCAGGCGCUUCAACUCUACGAAUCCAGUGUCAAUUUCAUCUACAGGACCCCGCAUGCCGAGACCGUCUUUGCCAGUGUCCUUUCGGCAGCCUUGAACAACAAGAUUCAAAUCUACCACUCCUCUUGUCGUUUUGAUGAGUUGGACCGCGAUUCCCAGAGGCUCUCCAAGGCUGUCUACGUCGCGUACGCCCACGAGGUGCGAGACCCCAACAGCUUGCUCAGCCAACAAGACUUUGAAGGCAUCCUCCUGAACCUACUCCUCUUGAAAAGACCCACCAAGGCACAGGCUGCCUAGCCCAGCUAGAUCCUCGAUGUUGUUAACACGGAUCUGCGUUCUCAUGCUGCGUGGCUAGCACUGCAGCGUUUCGUCUCCUGGCUGCUUGGCUCCUGGUGCUUAUAUAUAUCUUCUCUUUGGCGUCUGAUGAUCGUUCAACCAAACUUAGUUCUUAAAUUAAUAUCUACAUUCUUGUUCUC